AUGUAUAGACAAAAUAUUUUGUCAACAAUAAUCAACUUCAAACCUGGGAACAAAGAAAUCAAGACUCUGAGAAUUCUUCUGUAUGGACCGCAAGGUGCUGGAAAAUCAAGCUUCUUCAACUCUGUAAAUAAUACUCUCCAGGGGCGCAUCACUACCAGAGCCCUGGCACAAUCAACAGAUAUUGGUGGAAGUUUUACUUUGAAGUGCAACACAUACAAAAUGAGGAAGGACAAGGCUGGCUCUUUUUAUCCUUUCACCUUCACUGACAUUGCUGGUAUGCACAAUGAAAGUAACUCAAUAAAGACUGAUGACAUCAACAGAUUAUUAAAUGGUCACAUCAUCGAUGGUUACACUUUUAACCCAGUAAGUUCAAUUACUGAAGGCGACCAAAAAUACAAAAGAAACCCCAUACUGAAAGACAAGAUUCACUGUCUGGUGGCUGUUCUUCCUGCUAAUACUGUUUCUGUGAUGCUUGAGGAGGUAUUUGGGAAAAUGGGAGCAGUUCGGGACAAAGCACGAGAUCUGGGCAUUCCGCAAGCCAUAAUUAUGACCAAGGUGGAUGAAGUGUGUCCACUAGUUAAAGAUAAUCUUGAGAAUAUCUACAAAAGCAAAAUCAUAAAACAGAAGAUGGAGGAGUGUUCUUCCAGACUAGGAGUUCCUAUGACUUGCAUUUAUCCUGUGAAGAACUACCAUGAGGAACGUGUCACUAAUGCCACAAUGGAUGUUCUGAUUUUAGAUGCUUUGCAAAAUAUUGUUAACUUUGCCAAUGACUUUGUGGAGGACCAAAUACACAAUGAAUAG